AGUAGACAAAACAAGAAGGUGACGCAGUACAGCGGCCUUCCUAUUUACUAGACGAUACUCAUGAUCGAUGUAGCACCUUUGCGCCUGCCUCCGCCCGAUGAAUACGAAGGACCAUACAAACCGAUACAAAAUUGAGAAUCAAAGAAAUAGCAACAUCAAACAACAUGGAGGCAGCGGCGCUGCGACCCUUUUCCACCGUCCCUGGCGUGCAAUUUGUCCAAGCGUCCGGGCAGAUAAGUUUGAACGAAGAAAGCGAAGACAGAGUGAUGCUGGAAGAUUUGGACGAAUUAUUCGAUGUUGAUCAUACUACUGGAUUAAGAGAACAAACCGGAGCACGAGGGGUGACGACGAACACAGUUUCACACUUUGUGAAAAAUCUCAUCAAACCGCCCAACUUCUUUGUGCCGGCGCCAAGCUGGACGGCCAGGACUUCCUGUUCCACCACGCACGGUUCCUCUUCGAGUUCGUCCUCCGAAGUGGAGCAGCAACAGGACCACGAAAAGGCGUCAACGCGCAAUAAACGCCCCGAAACAUUUUUGUUUUCAAACAACCUUCUAGAAAAGCAAAAACCGUCCAUCUCAACCUCUUCAUCCUCUUCCCUCCUCGAGAAUAUGCCGACUUUUCUGCAGUCGCAACCCAAAAUUGCUCUGGCGCAGCCCCCUGCCUUUGUGUUGCAGGCUUUCGAGCCGCCGCCCCCGAUGCGCGGUUUGGAUCCGCCAGAGGGGAUCAGAGUGCAGAGGCCGCCCGUUCUGCAGAGGCCGGACAGUACAGAUGGCAUCACUUAUGAGGAAUUGCCCGCAGACGAGAAUGCUGAAGAUUGGCUGCGUUUUGCGAACGAAAUGGAACAAGAGUUGCCGCACCACAGGAUGCGAGCAGAUCACACCAAAAUUGCGGCGGCAUCUCGUCAAGCAGCACAGCGGUGUGGCUAUGGCUAUGAAGAUGAGCAAGAAGAUGCCCCCCAUGAUCUACCGGUACCGCUUGUAUCUGGAGGAUCAGUUUUCGACAAUCUCUACUCCGACGCGGUACGGCGGACCAGGAGGCGACGGGAAAACGUCGCUUUAGCUGCGGAGAACCAGAAAACGUUCGGGGCCGCGGCGACCAGCGAGGAGUUUGGCAGGGGAUUACGAAGCGACAUUUCCCGGCGGACCAAUAAGUUGAUCCAUCCCGCACCGGAGGGAACCGCAACCGGGGCCACGAACAAGGGUUCGGGGGCCAGCUCUUCCUCCUCAUCGGGCGCGAGCAAGCGAAGCGUCGCUUCGUCUGCUUACGGCGGUGACGGAACCGGGGACGGGAUGCGGGGAAGGCAUCGAUCGGCCGACAAGAACCGAAGAAAUAAAUCCGCCGCUGCGGAGAACAAGAGGAGCUACGACUACAAGAGCCACCUUGCGCGCGAGGAGGAGUUCGCUCGUCGACGGCAAGAGCGGCUGGAGAGGAGGCGGCAAGAGCAGGAAGAGGAGCGGGCACGAGAAGAGCUGGAGGAGUGCACCUUUCGCCCCGAAGUGUCCCUGUCGGUGACCACAGCCCGGUUUUCGGCCAGGUAAGGUGUAGAAGUGCGCGAGUAGCGCAGCCGUGCGGCAGCUUUCUUUUUGAUGCAAAGUACUUUAUGUAAUUUCAGCUAUCAGGAAGCAUUAGCAUUCUACUUUAUCAGGGGAACUCGAACUGUCAAAACAAAACUGAAUGAUCGGAAACAGGUCCACUUCCACGCGACGAGGAGGGCCUGCGUCAACACGCAACAACUGCAAGCCGAAAGUGGACACCGGUCUUUACGACAACUACCACAAUCCUCAUUCUGCUCCCAUCCGUACGGGCCGCAAACUUGCGACGCGGACGCGGCACUUCGAAGACCUGCAACCCGCGUUGGUGACGGCUUACGACCGGAAUUUCGUGCGACAGAACGAUCAUCAACAUGUUGGUGCCGCCGCGCAGCGGAACGGUUUUUCGUCUUGCGUUGACGACGAAGGCGAGUUUGAGUUGGACAUGAUCACGCGUAACCUCUCUGACGCGUUCGACGACCGCACGGUGAGUGUGGAGGAACGGCACCGCAGCCCUGAGACCUACAGCUUUCGCGUGCCCAUCUCGCCCAGUUGGCAAAUGGAGUCGAACUCAGUACUGGGGGAAGAUGGUGAAGACGAACAUGAAGACGAACAUCCUGUUCCGGAGCUCGAAGUGGAAACAAGAAAAGCAAUAGCGCACCAAAGUCAAAGAGGGCAUAAUCCUCGCCGCCGAGAGGACCGCGACAUACGCGAGGAACAGCGCAGCCCGGAAGACACCAGGAACAUCCUGCCCGACGAGGUUGUACUGAAGGCCUUGGGCCUAAGUCCGAAGCCGGAGAGCGCCGCUCGUUCCGCCGCCGGCUUGGAAGUGCAACUGCAAGCUGCCGAAUCGGUUGCCGCAGAGGCGAUAAAGAAAAAACCGUUUUACGACGUCGUGGCAGAAGAAGUAGAAUCCGUCUCGACACUAGUCGACAUGUACGAAACCGCUUUGCGCGCGCGGGUUUCCGGGAGGGACAAGGAGAUGUGACGAUUUGGUGUUGGUUCUGGUUCCAGGGUAACAGAAACCUUUUGAAAUUAAUUCUUUAUUACCUUUACUGCUGUAAAAACAGGAGGUGAAAGAAAAAGAUCGAUGGAGACGCGAUCGAUGGACCAUUCUUCCCGAGGAUAUUGAGCACUCGACGCCGAUGAUUGAUGUGCGACCUCCUCCUUCCUUCACCUUCUACAAGAUCGAGAUUCCAUAUUGAAGCAUCGAAAACAAAGACCGUUCUCCCGGUGCGUACGCGUUUCUAAUUCUACUUGACUUUGUUUCAUCUGUACAAUGACAUGCAAGGCUAAAGCUAAAGCUCUCUCUUCUGUAUCAAAGUUCUUGUACGUUAUCCAGGGUGAUUGUAAAGAAAAUGAUCGCGUCAAUGUGCAUGAUGUACGAAAACACACAAGGCUUUUCCAAUGCUCGGCCUCUGAUCUUUUGAUUUUCUUGAAAUGAGUCGUCUUGCUUUAUGUACGUG